AUUGAGGUUUCAAGACAUCUGUGAAACUAUAUUUAACCUGUGCGUUUAUUUAGAUCGAUGGUACGAGGGUGCAGUGAGUUUUCAUUUACGACUGAACAUAAUUUGUGCAAAAUUUCAAUAACUGAAGAUUGCUUUCAAUUGUAAUACUAGUUUAAAGUAGACUAAACUAAAAUGGGUAACGAGAAUUCUAUUCCCAUGGAACUAUGUUCAAACUUCGACGCAGAUGAGAUCCGGCGGCUGGGCAAGCGCUUCCGCAAGUUGGACUUGGACAAUUCGGGUGCGCUUUCCAUCGACGAGUUCAUGUCCCUGCCCGAGCUACAACAGAAUCCACUCGUGCAACGUGUCAUCGACAUAUUUGACGCCGAUGGAAAUGGAGAGGUGGACUUCAAGGAGUUCAUCCAGGGCGUGUCGCAGUUCAGCGUCAAGGGCGAUAAGCUGUCCAAGCUGAGGUUCGCUUUCCGCAUCUACGACAUGGACAACGACGGCUUCAUAUCUAAUGGAGAGCUGUUUCAGGUGCUGAAAAUGAUGGUGGGCAACAAUCUGAAGGACACGCAGCUGCAGCAGAUCGUGGACAAGACGAUCCUGUUCGCGGACAAGGACGAGGACGGCAAGAUCUCGUUCGAGGAGUUCUGCAACGUGGUGGGCAACACUGACAUACACAAGAAGAUGGUGGUCGACGUGUAGGCCGGCCCACCUCUAGCUAGAACACUAUUCAAAUUGCGAGUCGGUCGCCUCGCGAACCCCACGCACUAGCCUCUGCUCAUGCUCGUUACUAACGGACUCGUGUGUAUUAGGUGUUAUAAGCUGAACAUCAUGUAUUAUUUUAAUCGUUUACUUAAUAGCAUCUAAAGGUAAAUCAUGUUUCUAACCGCAUCUACCAACCAAAUUAUAUGAGAUUUUGAAGUAAAGGGUAAAAUCAUCGUUUGAAAUGUCAAUUUCAAAUGUCUUAAGCCUAAUGAAUGCACGCCAAACAAGUAGCACUUUUUUCUUCCGAAACAGCUGAUGACAGAGGCCAUGCUGAGCAGUGGUUACCAUUAGAGAGCGGGGCGAGCGGCGCGACCGACCCGCGUUAGAUCUACCGUAAUUCAUUUAAAAAAAUCUAUUUAACUUUAAGAUAUACAUUAUAUUAUAGUUAUACAUCAUUAGACGAUCUUUAUCGUAGUCGAAUCGGACGUAGAUUUUUUAUUGUAGUUUUUUGUUGCAGUAAUUUUAGUUUAUUUUGUUAUUUAGUAUUUUAUUUGGACGGAGUUCGCGAGUCCAUCACACGGUAGUGUCGGUAGAGGAUAUACAGAUCGUUAUUGUUCUACGGGAGAAUGUAUUAUUUAAGCUGAAAUGUCAUAUCAAGUAGCCUUGCAGUAGUACCAACGAGGUCCUUUUCCCACCUUGGCCGCGGUGUGAGCGCUGACGUCACGCCAGCUGUCGCGGCGCGUGACGUCACUGGUCACUGCCGCCGCUGGCCGCCGCCAGGGUUGCAGCGCAGAGGACUUUUUAACGUUAAGAUAUCUAUCUACACUGGUAUUAUUAUUGUCACAGUCAAGCGGAAAUGAUUUCUACUCACUGUAACUACUGUGAACUUAUCAACUUUCAAUCUUACAUAAAUUAAUUACAAAACAAGUAUGUUAACUGUUCUCAGGGGUGAAUGAAACAUUUAAACUAAUGAGUACCUAAGUGUCUCAUAUGUAAAGUACAAAAAUUGUGGACAUUACUGUCUAUUAAUUAUUUGGUACAAAGCCGAUCACCAUUUUACUGCGGGAAAACCUAUUUUUCGCUGUGUUCUAAAACCUGCUUUUUAAAUUUAUUAUUUAUACGAACCUCAUUUCAGAUUAUUCGAUAAAACAUGAUCAAGCUUAGAUCACAAUUAUCUGUGUUCAUAUUUUUGUAAUAUGUAUCACUGAGCGUUAUGGACCGGGUCGUUCAUAGUACCCACACCACUAAGUUACCGUCUGAGUAGUCACUGCUGAGAACAGUGACACCGUUCACACAAGUUACGCUGGGAGACCUCAAGUCGUCGUGUACUGCUCUAUACACUGAUCUUAUCGCCUUAUCCGAAUUUUAUACAUUUAAUAAAGUUUUACGAUAUUAGCUGUUUAGACUUAUACCUGUAUCAAGACACUGUCGAUACCGUAAGCCCCGCCCAUCUCCUCUCACCCCCCCCUCGCCGCAGGUGCUGAGCUCCCUGAAGUGACCCCGCGCCCUCGCCGGUCCCAGCUCCUGCCCUAAGUCCUACCUACUAACAGUGAAUGUACAAAUAUUUAUGUAUUGGAUAACUAUAUUGUGUUGUACCUUUAUCGGAGUUUUGUAAUGUAUCCUAUGUAGGAAUGUUUGUUCGUUAAUCCGUUCGAGACUGUCUGUUCAGUCAUAUAUACAAAUAGUUAUUUAUCAUGAAGAUUUUAAUUAUUUAGCAUAGUUAUUUCUGAUAGUCGUGUGUUGUUUAUAUAUAGGAAAUUGAUCCUUUUACAUGUUACCGAGUCGUCGGCGGCACCUCACGAUUCUUUAGUAGCAGUGAUCGCACGUGAAUCUUAAUAUCUAGUCACAGCUGUUGUGCAUUAUUAUACAGACGAUAUGAUUACCUACUUACUAGUUAGCGACGGGCGGCGAACGCGCACCGCUCGGCAGACACACGUCUGACGUCACGCCGGGUUCAUUCGUUUUAUGUGAGCCACAUAGUGUUGGGCCUCGUGUCGUACAGCUUCAGCAAACUGAACGCUACGUCACAGGCUGCCGGCUGGCUGGCGAGCAGCGCGUACUUGCAACUUUAUUAUGAUGAUUAUAUAAUUAACUAUACACUGUUAAUCUUGAUGUCGUGUCGUCUGCUCAUCUCCAUCGGUAGGUAGCGUGUCUUUAAUUAAGUCUACUCUAAAUGAAACUGAACAUAAGUUUUAUUAAAUUUUCAAUUUCAAUGA